AUGGGUAUAGUAGUGCUUACGGUGGCUCUCUUCCCUCUUAUUGGAAUAGGGGGGAACACCUUGAUGGCAGCCGAGUCUCCAGGGCCAGAGUUAAACAGAAUAACCCCAAAGAUAAGUACUAUGGCAAAGAUAUUCUGGCUGCUCUACACAGGGCUUACCUUGCUGGAAAUACUUCUGCUAUAUGUUGCAGGAAUGGAUGUGUUUGAUGCCAUUACCCAUGCUUUUGCAACCAUGGCAACUGGGGGCUUUUCGACAAAGAACGCCAGUAUAGCAGCGUUUCCCUCUCCGCUUAUUCAAUGGAUUAUUACUGUAUUUAUGUUUCUUGCAGGGACAAAUUUCGCCCUCUUCUUUGCAUUUAUCACCAGGGAUUUUAUGCAAAUAGUACACGACACUGAGUUUCGCUGGUAUGCAGGUGCAUCUGCAGGAUCAACUGGGGGUGGGAUUAAGGUUGUGCGUAUUAUAACCGCAUUAAAGGCCCUGCUUAAAGAGCUUACACAUUUUUUUAUUCCCCUCAAGAUAGGUUCAAUAAAAAUUAACAGAAGACACAUUGAAAACUACCAGAUAAGAGCUGUGCUUAUCUUUAUUGUGAGCUAUGGUAUGCUUGUGCUUCUUACUACUAUUGUGGUGUCCCUGCAAGGCAUCGAUGUACUCUCCUCGCUCUCCACGGCACUUGCCACAUUAG